CCCGCCCCGUCCGCCAGGCCAUGGUGGCGCUGAAGGGUGUCCCCGCGCUGCUGUCCCCCGAGCUGCUCUACGCGCUGGCGCGCAUGGGGCACGGGGACGAGAUCGUUCUUGCGGACUUGAACUUCCCGGCCUCCUCCAUCUGCCAGUGUGGGCCCCUGGAGAUCCGUGCAGACGGCCUGGGCAUCCCGCCGCUCCUGGAGGCCCUGCUGAAGCUGCUCCCCCUGGACACCUAUGUGGAGAGUCCGGCUGCAGUCAUGGAGCUGGUGCCCAGCGACAAGGAGAGGGGCCUGCAGACCCCGGUGUGGACAGAGUACGAGUCCAUUCUACACAGGGCCGGCUGCACGAGAGCCCUGGCAAAGUUAGAGAGGUUUGAGUUUUAUGAGCGGGCUAAGAAGGCUUUUGCUGUUGUGGCAACGGGGUCUUUAGACAAUAACUUAACUCUUUUGACCAAUUGUCAAUUGGAAAAUUACUGAAUCCACCAAUGACCUGGACACCCCCCGCCUUUCCGGACCAAACCAAUGUACAUCUCCCGUGUACUGAGUGAUGUCUCGUGUCCCAAACAUGUAUGAAACCAACUGCACUCCAACCCAAACCAGCUGCACCCCAGCCCCUCGGGCCGCAGGUGUUCUCAGGAUCUCCUGGGACGGCGUCAUGGGCCUUCCUUCACUCAUAUUUGGCUCGGAAUCACUCUCCAAGUAUUUUACAGGAUUUUACUCUUUUCCUCGACAGCCCCCAGUGGGCAGCUACUGUUGGGGGCUCCGAGCCCGCCGGCUGCAGGGUAUGGGUUCCUCCCAGAGCUUCAUGUGCAGACACAAGCGGAGGCAGUGCUUCCAAGCGCGUGGAGUGAGGGCCCUCAAGAACGGCCAACUCCGGGCUUUCCAGCGCGACCCGCAGCGUCCGAGCUGUUGAGGAGUGGUCACCCGAAGAGGCAGCCGGGCUUGGGUGAGAACAGAUGUUCCCGGGGGCUUCUUGCUGGGGCUGUUCCUGAAACCACCUUUGCAAAAGCUAUGAUGGUGAAUCUGACCUAACCGACUCCAUCUUCCUUCUGACCUUCAGGCUGUCCUUGUUCUUUCCUGGGUGCAGGUCACACAACUUUGGGAGGAUCUUAGUUUAUAGUUUAAUGUUAAAACAAAGAUGAAAACAGCCCUUUCCUGAACAAACUCCCUUCUUGCCUGGGGACCAGACUGCCUUUAUAAAACUAACAAAGUAGCCACAAGAUUAGAAAUUAUGGUUUAGGAAACUUCUAGUGGCUUGAGGUAUCGGCGGGAGUGGCCAGGUGGCGGGAGGAACCGUUACGGGAACUGAAGUUGCCGAUUAAGCCUGAUCAAGAUGCCAACCUCCCAAAAGCACUGAGACUUCAGGGCAGAGCCCAUGGGGGAAAAGCCAGUGGGCAGCCUGGCCGGGAUGGGUGAAGUCCUGGGCAAGAAGCUGGAGGAAAGGAGCUUUGACAAGGCCUAUGUUGUCCUUGGCCAGUUUCUGGUGCUGAGGAAAGAUGAAAACCUGUUCCGAGAGUGGCCGAAGGACUCGUGGUGCCAACGCCAAGCAGUCCCGGGACUUCGGAUGCCUUCGAGAGCAUGUGACGCCUUCUUGUGAUGCUCUCCGGGAAGCUCCCGAUCCCCAGCCCUCACGCAGAGUUUACAGCCGAGCAGGGACUCCUCCCCUGUCCUCUGCAAAGGAAAAGAUUGCUACUGUCAUACUCACCUCCAACGUACUCUGGGAUCUUUUGGGAGUUUUCUCCCCUAACCAUUUCAACUUUUUUGGAUUCUCGUUCUUGCAGGACUCCCACUUCCUUUUUCCCUUGCCAGUUCCCUGGCGACAGUUACCAGCUUUCCCGAACGGACUCCUGGCCCCGUCCCUCGCCAGUUCCCUGGCGACAGUUACCAGCUUUCCCGAACGGACUCCUGGCCCCGUCCCUCACCCCACUCUCACUUUCAGUCCAUUUGAUACCAUUUGGCUCUUUUUUGGCAGGACAGUCACUGUCCUUGUAAAGUUCUUUAGAUCAAGAAAGUCAGUGGCUUUCAUGAAAGAAAAAAAAGUAAAAUAAAAAGGAAAUUAUGGUUUAGGAGUCAGGCAGCUGGAGGCCACGAGAUUCUAAACCUCCCCAAUUACUCUUAGGGAAAACGUCACUAUUGUAAAACCUAAGAUUGGUGCUCGAGACAUUUUUCGGACUCUGAACUUGGUGGAACAGCUGGUGCCACCCAGAUCCGUGAACCGGCUCAUCUCGUCUUGUGGCCCCCACUUAGGAAGCACAAAAGGACAGACUCGGCUCCCUGUGAUUUCAUCUGCAACCCAACCCAUCAGGACUCCCCACUUCCCAACCACUACCCACCAAAUUCUCCUUUUAAAUUUGAGUAGUAAUAAAACUCCAGUCUCCCAUU